GAAUUUGAAUCUAUACUUCGUCGUCUUCAUCUUUCUCUCACCUUUUUCUUGCACAUCUCUUUCAUCACUCAGUGCAUUCCUCACCUUCACCAAUAGUUCGGACCAUCCGCUGCUAAUAAAUCGAGAAUACCGACACCGAACGAGGAAAUCCAAAUUCAGGUUUAUCAGCUGGACGCCUGCCAGACUCCUGUCCAAAGCACUAUCCCAUCUCCCAGCUGUUGAAAACAGAUCAGUUCCCGCUGGUUCACUUCUCACUUGGCUGGUGGAGGCUUGUAGCUUAUAUACUUAGUAUAAAUGUCUAAUCUUCAGAAUGAUCCCCUUCUACAAGUGGAAACGACCUGUGGAUCCCUUCUUUAUGAGUUGCAGAUAAUUUGGAAUGAAGUUGGAGAGUCAGAUGCUGAAAGGGAUAAAAUGCUGCUAGAGCUUGAACAAGAAUGUCUUGAAGUAUACAGAAGAAAGGUGGAUCAAGCAAACAGGAAUAGAGCUCAGCUAAGACAAGCAAUUGCUGACUCUGAAGCGGAACUUGCAGCUAUAUGUUCUGCGAUGGGAGAACGACCUGUACAUAUUAGGCAGGCUGAUCAAAAUGUUGGAAGCUUGAAGAAAGAACUUCAAAAAAUUCUUCCACAACUUGAAGAGAUGCAGAAGAGGAAAUUGGACAGAAGAAAUCAGUUCCUUGAAGUCCUAGCUGAAAUACAGAAGAUAUCAAAUGAAAUAUAUGGAUCCGCUGAUCAUAUGGUUGUUGAUGAAACUGAUCUGUCGUUGAAAAAACUUGAAGAGUUGCACAGACAACUUCAUGCACAUCAAAAGGAGAAGAGUGAUCGCUUGAAGCAGAUUCAGGAUCAUUUAGAUACCUUAAAUUCACUUUGCUUAGUACUUGGCAUGGAUUACAAGCACACAGUUAGUGAAAUUCAUGCUAGUUUUGGUAAUUCUGAAGUAUCAAGGAACAUAACUAAUUAUGCAAUUCAACAAUUGGCUGCUGCAAUACACAAAUUGCAAGAAAUCAAAAUGGAAAGAAUGCAGAAGCUCCAAGAUCUUGCGACUACAAUGUUGGAGCUAUGGAAUUUAAUGGAUACUCCAAUUGAAGAGCAGCAAAUGUUUCAGAAUGUUACCUGCAACAUAGCUGCUUCAGAACAUGAAAUUACUGAACCAAACAUUCUAUCUGUUGAAUUCAUCAAUCAUGUUGAAGCAGAAGUCUGUCGGCUGGAAGAGCUGAAAUCAAGCAAGAUGAAAGAUCUCGUUCUGAAGAAAAGGUCAGAGCUGGAAGACAUCUGUAGAAAGACACACAUGAUUCCAGAAGCAGAUACUGCGAUAGAUUAUGCAAUUAGAGCCAUAGAGUCUGGAAACGUGGACCCUGCUGGUGUCCUUCAGCAGAUUGAACUUCAAAUUGCUAAUGUCAAGGAAGAAGCUUUUAGCAGGAAGGAAAUACUUGAAAAGGUUGAGAAGUGGGUGGCUGCAUGUGAGGAGGAAUGUUGGCUCGAGGAGUAUAACAGGGAUGAGAACCGAUACAAUGCUGGGAGAGGAGCUCAUCUUACUCUUAAGCGCGCUGAGAAAGCUCGUUCUUUGGUUAACAAACUUCCAGGCAUGGUGGAGGCACUGGCUUCAAAAACCAUGGCAUGGGAAAAGGAGAGAGGCAUUGAUUUCUUAUAUGAUGGUAUUCGCCUUCUUUCCAUGCUUGAAGAGUAUGCCUUAUUACGGCAAGAGAAAGAGGAAGAAAGGCGGAGGCAGCGGGACCAGAAGAAAUUGCAGGGGCAGCUGAUAGCAGAGCAGGAGGCACUUUAUGGAUCAAAACCGAGCCCUUCAAAGACUCAGAACGUUAAAAAAGCUCCUAGAGUUUCAACUGGAGGUGCAACCACCAGAAGACUUUCUCUUGGAGUAGCAGUGCUCCAAACGACUAAACCUGAUUUAACUAACUCCUGCAAAGCUACACCAAAUACACGUCCUGGCAAGAAAGUUGAACGAGUGCACCAAAAUGACCAUUCAACUCAUCGGCAGGAUGAUGGCUUGGUAGCAUUAUCAGCUGGUAGGAGAGGAUUGGAUAUUGCUGGUCUUCCUGCAAAAAAACAUCCCUUCAGUUUUGUAAAUGCCCCUGAACCGGAAUCACCAAUGCUGAGGAAACCUUUCUCAUCUAUUUCUUCCACAGGAUCAUCAAAAGCCAACAUAUUAGAAGAUGUAACCACAACAAAUGGUGAGACAUUUAAGAAGACACUACCAACUAAUGAACUGUCUACUACUACUACUACUCCUUUGAAAACUUGUGUCCUCGAUGAAGAGAAUAGGACUCCAAAGGCAAUGCCAAUCCCAGUGCCCUCAACACCUUCUACAUUGUCUGUUCCAAUGCAGACAGUUAUGACCCCAGCCCCUCUACUAGUUCCAUACUGUGCUAAUCAAGCAGAAGAGGUUCCAGAAGAAAUUGAAUAUUCAUUUGAGGAAAGAAGAGCUGGAUUUGUUCCCAGAAAUCAAAUUAAGUCGAUACAAAUAUGACAUUAUCAGCUUUUGGUAACUUGAAUUGAAGUGUUGUUAUUCCUAUGCAUGAUUUUUUUUGUUCUUUUCUUCUUUUUCCCCUCUUUUUCUUGGGAUGAGUCAAAUUGUAAUUUUCUGCUACCAUAUUACUGUAUAUAGUCUACGAGUACUGAACGUGGACUAAUCCAAGCUUAGAUUCAAUUGAAUAUCCUUAACAUUUCUACUGUUAUUUACUGGCUGCAAUACAGUUCAAUUUUGUGUA